AGAAUCUUCUAUCGAACGUUGUUGUCUUUCACCAUUUCUCCAUAACCUUCUAUCACUUCUACCCUUUCUGCUAUUAAUAUUUCUUUCCCCAUCCUUCUACCAUUUCUGCUUCUUCAAUAUCUCAAUAUUCUUCUCUCAUUCUACAAUUUUUGCAUCACUCAAUAUUUGUGUAAUUACGAAGAAAAAAGACAGAUAUGUAUGGUUUGUGGGUGAUGUGAAGAACUGGAAGAAAUUUGUGAAGAAGAGGAAGAAAAUUAUGGGUAAAUAGUUAGUGAAACCAUCUUCUUCUUCUCCCACUCUCUGUAACGCGCCGCCGAUCGAGUUCUUUGUUUCUUUCUCAGACAACAAUGGUGAGACGUAAGAGGCAACGCAAGGACAACCAGAAUGAACAGGACAGGAUCAGUCACUUGAGCGAUUGUCUUCUCCUUCACAUACUCUCCUUUUUUAACACCAAACAGGCCGUUCAAACUUCCAUUUUGUCCAAAAGAUGGAUCAAUCUCUGGAAGAUUCUUCCAACUAUUAAAUUCAGUAAAAAUGACUUUACGUACUCAUCCGUUUUCAGAGAGUUCAUGUCUCAGUUUUUGUCUCUUCGCGAUAACUCAACCACUACUUGUGCUCUCCGUUUGUACAACAGUUAUUCUUUGGGCAUUAAUCUAUUCCAAAAGACUAUAAAAUAUGUUGUUUCACACAAUGUCAAACACUUACAACUGGAUGUACUGACUAUUGAAUACUUCCCGUCUUGCUUCUUUUCAUGUCUCACUUUAACGUCUCUUAAUCUCAAAGCUCAUUGCUUUAAAUUGUUUCACUUGACCCAGCCACAUAUAUUUCCAAAUUCUCUGAAUUUGCCAUCAUUAACUACUUUGUCUCUGAAGUACUUUGCCUUUUGUCGCGGUGAUGAUGGUUAUGUCGAGCCAUUUUCUGCAUUUAACAUGUUAAAUACUUUGAUCGUUCGAAGUUGUGUAGUUCUAGAUGGACAAAACCUUCGCAUUUCAAGUGCCAAGCUUGGCAGUUUAACUAUACGUUUGUAUCCUUAUAAGAACUUUCCCGGAUCCACUUUUGGAAUUGAGUUAUAUAAUGCACCAAGUCUUCAUACCUUUGCUUUUACUGGUGAUGGAUAUAUUCAUAAACUUUAUGGGAGCAAGAGUGUUCUCUCUUCUAUCAAACAUGUAUAUAUUGAUGUGGUAUGCCAUUGGAGUUUGCGAAGGAGGAGUGCAUCAAAUAUACUUGACUUGCUGGUUGAGCUUGCUAAUAUCGAAUCAUUGACCAUCACUUCAACUACUCUUAUGGUUCUUUCCAAGUUUCCUGAUUUAUUGAAGGUUAUGCUCCCUUCCUUGCUUAACUUAAAGUCACUGAAAAUAAGAACGCGUCCACGUCAUGGACUUGCAACUAUACUUAACGGAAUGGUGCACCUUUUGCUUCAAAACUCACCAUUGGCAAAGGUUGACUACAUCAAAUAUAAAAAAGGUGAAAGGUGCAUUCAACAACUUUUUAAAGAUACCUUGUUUGGGUUAGUAUUUUUAUUUUUCAAUCGUUCUCUGUUUCUAUUUCCCACUAUGUUUCUGGUUAUAGUAACUUUUUUUUUUAUAAGCUCUGGUUAUAGUAACUUACUUUCAGUUGACAAAUUAUUAAACCCGUAUUUACAGAAACAAAUGCGUGUAUCCAUGUAUGCAUGUUGAUGUGUGCAUCUUGAAUCACAUGUACAACUAGUUUGAAUUAACUUCUAGCUCAUAGGAUACUCGAUUGUACAUCUUGAAUCACAUAUUGGACCAGUUUGAAUUAGCAUUUAGUCCAUAGUAGCUUCACCGAUACUAAUUUAUACAAAAAGGGCUUACAAAUUUCUAGGUAUUUAUGAAUAAAUUAAAUAAGAGAGACUAUAGAAAAAGGUGAGGUGCAGAAUUAAAGUCUUUGUAAUUAUUUCAAAAAAUUUCUUUUUCUAUUACCCAUCCUCAAAGAUAAAGGUUGUUGAUGAAAGUGGGAAGCAAAAAGUUACCAGCAGAUCUGCAAGCAAGUCAAUGUUUUUAAGUUUCUUUUGUUUGCAUAUUGGGAGUUGUAGGUUUUGAAUGUUGCUGCUUUGCUUGGAAGUUGGCAUUUUUCUAUCAUCAUUUUGUAUCUAAUGAAUUAAGGAGCCCAAAAUUUCAUAUUUAUCAUAAUGCAUGACUAAAUAAAUUUGUUAACAAAAGAUAAACAAUCUUGUCCCCAACAGUAUAGAUAUUUAGAUUAGCCGUGAGGUUGAUGUGAAUUUAUCAUAAUAUUAUAGAUGACUGAUAAAUCAAAUCUUAUAGUAUAAGUUAAAGAUCUUUUGUCAUAAAUGGUUGAAGUUGUGUCAAAAAUGCUUUAAUCUUUUUGCUUCUCUGUGACCUUUUUCUUUAUACCAUUCUAAUUAUUCUCCUUACAAUUCCACAAAAUAAAGUUAAAGUAAACACAAAUGCCAUCAUAUUAUCAAUCAUUUUUUCAUAUUUUCUAGUUCUGGUGUAAUUCACACUAACUAUACUCCAUGAGAUUGGUAAAUUGAAUUUGCCUUUAUAGGAGAGAUUGGUCUAGAAUAGCCUUAAAUGGUGAGCCCAAGAAUAGGAGAAUUUGAGUCACUUACUACUAGAAUCACUGUACUUUGUUAGAAACAAGGUUCUUAGGAAGAUAGAAAUAAUUCUUAUACGUUGAAGGUUGAUGAGAGGAAUGGAAGAUAGAAAUAAUUCUUAUAUGUUGAAGAAGAUAGGAAUGAAGAACUAAUACCUAUAUGUUAAGGAAACAGAAACUAGAAUAGAAUGUGUAUAAUGGUAAUGAAAUUGAUUUUUCAUGAAUGUGUGUGUUUGUGUGCAUGCUGCUCAUGUAUGCAUGCGUCUUGAAUCACAUGUUAGAUUAGUUAGAGUUAACUUAUACCUCGUAGAUGCUUCACAACAUUGAGAUAAACUCUAGCUCCUAACUUGUGAAAAAGCUUCUAGCUCGUUGAACAUGUGUGCAUCUUGAAUCACAUGAUGAGACCUGUGCACAAAAUAAAAUAAUAAAUCAUGUGCUUAAAUUUUCCCAAUAUAUAUUGUACUACGACCAAUGCCUCUUAAUAAUUGCUUUCAUUAUUUUUUUCGGUUCAUUUUCACUUAUGUUGGAAGGUUUGUUGGGCCGUAGAAAUGAUGACUAUUGUUCUGCUUUUUGUCUUCUCUGGAUUCCAGCGCUGCUUGUUGAUGGAUCUUAAUACUAAUAGAUUGACUUUCUUCUGAGUUCGUUUAAGGCUUGCAAUCUGAGUUGUUUUCGUUUAAGGCUUGCAAUCUGAGUUGUUUUGUGAAGUUAAUACUAGUUCUUGGACUUGAUGGUGUGUUUUUUGUACUGAAACCAGGUCUACUAUUUGAUGACUUACUGCAUCGGGGAACACGAGAUGUUUGGUUGCAGAAAAAACAUGAUGGUGAAGGAUACAUACGUUAUUCUAAUGGCAUGUUUGUUUCCGCGAUGGAGGGGUGGUGAACGUGGCACUGAUGAAUAGGAUUCGGGGAUGCUGACUCAGUUAAAAACAAUAUAGAAAGACAAAAAUGCCCUUAAUGACUUACCAAAGAUAUUUUGAACUUGAACACAAGUUACAACGAAUAAGUUUGAACAAAUAGGAGAUGGUAGACCGGUUGGAUUCCACAUAGAGUUUAUGCCUGGAAAAGCUCCAACCAAACAUGAUGAUUUAAUUACAACUUUACAAUUAAGAACCAAAAUUUCAACUAAUAAUAUACAUCUUUAUAACAAUAUUGGUAACAUAGAAAAGUUCGACUCUGCAACAAACAGUAAAUAGCAUUUACUUUUGUAAUAAAUAGUUAUUUUAGACUAUACUGUAAUGUUUAUGUGGUAUCUAAUGUUAUAUUCCUUUUUGCA